AUGGCGCCCUCACAGAAGCGAAAGCCAAUUGAAGACGACUUUAUCCACACCAUUGACGACGACGACGAUCUCCCGGUCGAGGAGGAGGAAAUCUCUGCCCAGCCUCCCAAGAAGAAGGCCAAGACCUCCAAGGGCUCCAAGAAGUCGAAACGCGAUGCCACCCCCGAGGAUGACGAAGAGGAGGUCGCCGAGGGCAUCUGGGGCCAAAAAGACGACGACGAUGGAGCCAUGGACUCUGACUUUGAAUUCGGCGGCGAGGACGCCGAGGACGUUGGUGUCGAGGAAUUCGAGGGAUGGGGUUUUGAUGGCGCGAAGAAGGGCAUGAACGCCGACAAGAAGGGCGUCGACCUUGACGAGAUUAUCCGACGACGGAGGGAAAAGAAGCUUGGAAAGUCCGCCGACAAGGAUGCUGAGGAGGAAGCCGACGAAGCUGAGGUGGACGCCAAUGAAAUGGAGGUUGACCUCGACGAUGACGACGACGAGGUUCUCGCCGACGACGCAUUUGGUAUGAACGUUGCUUCAGACGCCGAGGAAUCUGGGGACGAGGAGGACGGUGACGAGGACAAGUCUGAGAACGAGGCCGAAGACGAUGACGAUGACGAGGCAGCUUCAGACAACGACUCUGUAGCUACACCUGUUGGCCACCCUGACGACGACGUCUCAGACCAAAGCGACGAUGAGGAAGAUGCCGAGGAAGAGGAAAAGCGCAAAGCCUUCUUUGCCCCUGAGGAGCCGGCCAAGCCUGGCAAGAAGUCGGAUAUGUCGUCAUUCCAGGCCAUGUCUCUGUCUCGCCCUAUUCUUCGUGGUCUUGCUUCCGUUGGUUUCACAAAGCCCACCCCUAUUCAGUCCAAGUCCAUCCCUAUCGCUCUCAUGGGCAAGGAUCUCGUCGGUGGUGCUGUCACUGGUUCCGGAAAGACUGGUGCUUUCAUCGUGCCCAUUCUUGAGCGUCUGCUGUACCGACCAAAGAAGAUCCCCACGACCCGAGUUGUCGUCCUCACACCCACUCGUGAAUUGGCUAUCCAGUGUCACGCUGUUGCUACCAAGCUCGCUGCCUACACCGAUAUCAAGUUCACCCUUGCCGUUGGUGGUCUGAGUCUCAAGGUUCAGGAAGCAGAGCUGCGAUUGCGACCAGAUGUCAUCAUCGCGACACCAGGUCGUUUCAUUGAUCAUAUGCGAAACUCGGCCAGCUUCAAUGUCGACACAGUUGAGAUUUUAAUCCUCGAUGAAGCUGAUCGUAUGCUUGAGGACGGUUUCGCGGACGAACUGAACGAAAUUCUCACAACACUCCCCAAGUCCCGCCAGACAAUGCUUUUCUCAGCCACCAUGACAUCCACUGUCGACCGACUGAUCCGUGUGGGAAUGAACAAACCAGCCAGAGUCAUGGUAGACUCGCAGAAGAAGACUGUCGGUACCUUGGUGCAGGAGUUUGUUCGUCUACGGCCUGGCCGAGAGGAGAAGCGAAUGGGUUACCUGGCAUACAUCUGCAAGACACUUUACAGGGAACGAGUCAUUAUCUUCUUUCGACAAAAGAAGGAGGCUCACCGAGCCCGCAUCAUCUUUGGUCUUCUUGGUUUGUCAUGUGCCGAGCUUCACGGUAGCAUGAACCAAACUCAGCGUAUCUCAAGUGUGGAAGAGUUCCGAGAUGGCAAGGUGUCAUAUCUGCUGGCUACCGAUCUUGCUUCUCGUGGUCUGGAUAUCAAGGGUGUCGACACCGUCAUCAACUACGAAGCCCCUCAGUCACUCGAGAUCUACGUCCACAGAGUUGGUCGUACUGCCCGAGCUGGUCGCAAGGGUACCGCCAUUACUCUGGCCGCCGAGCCCGAUCGCAAGGUCGUCAAGGCCGCCGUCAAGGCUGCCAAGGCCCAGGGUGCCAAGGUUGUCAGCCGAGCCAUCGAUGCCUCGGAAGCCGACAAGUUCCAGAACGAGAUCGACGAGAUGGACGACGAAAUCGAUGAGAUCAUGCAGGAAGAGAAGGAGGAGAAGCACCUCGCCCAUGUCGAGAUGCAGGUGAGGAAGGGUGAGAACCUAAUUGAGCAUGAGGCCGACAUCAAGUCCCGACCCAAGCGAACAUGGUUCGAAACGGAACAUGACAAGAAGAAGUCGAAGCUGGCCGGUCGCGAGGAACUAAACGGCAUGCGGGAAGGCCUGAAGAAGAAGGCGGGCAAGUUGAGCAACAAGGACAAAAAGCGACUCGACGCCAAGCAGAUGCGCGCCGAAGGCUCAGAGUGGAGGAAGGGCAAGUCUUCUGAAGCUGAGAUGAAGGCAAGGCACAAGGAUCAAAAAGCAAAGUCAAAGGCAAAGGGA